GUCUAAUGGCAAGAAAGCCAUGGAAAAUUAAUAUCUGAAUAAUCAGAAUGAGGUAAAGCAGUACUGAGCAGCUCUGAAUAGAGGGCUUACAUUAUCAGCAGGCCAAUGGAAAAAAAAUCUGUCAUUGAUUGCUACUGCCUGGCGAAUCUCAGCACUCUGAGAUCAGCUGAGUGGGCCUUUAACGCCAACAAUCGGAGCAACGGAGGCUAGGCGGCUGGAGGCGGCGAGAGUCAGGAUGUCAGGAUGGACGCUUGUGCCCCCGUCGCUCUUCCGGACAGCCUGCUGCUCGAGAUCUUCCUGCUGCUGCCCCACGAUGCCGUGCUGAGCGCGGGCCUGGCCUGCCGGCAGUGGUACGCUGUCUCCCGGGACGAAUUCCUGUGGCGCGAGCUCUUCUACCGCUACUACCGCAUCCCGCGCUCUGUGCCCAGGCACCCAGCCGCGGAGUCCUGGUACAGCGAGUUCCAGAGGCUGUUUGACUGUAUCCCCUGCGUGGAGGUGCAGACGCUGAGGGAGCAUCAUGACCAGGUGCUGCACCUCAGCUUUGCUCACCGGGGACACCUGCUGGCCUCCUGCUCCAAGGACUGCACUGUCAAGAUUUGGCGCAAUAACCUGGAGAUCUCGCUGCUCCACAGUUCCAGUAUGCGCCAGUUUAACUGGGGCUACACCCAGUUCUCCCAGUUUAAUGUAGACGACUCUCUGCUGCUGGUUUCGGGCGUGUACAUCGGGCCGCACCACUCCUCCUCAGGGGAGAUCGCCGUCAUCAGCCUGGCCGAUUUCUCCCUCCUGUCCCGCGUGAGGAACAAGCCGUACGAUGUGUUUGGCUGCUGGCUGAACGAGACUCACCUGAUCUCGGGGAACCUGUACUGGAUUGGGAACAUGACCUCCUGCUCCGUGCUGUGGCUCAACAAGGCCUUCCAGGAUGUGGAGUCCGAGAACGUGAACGUGGUCAAGCGGCUCUUUAAGAUCCAGAACCUCAACGCCAGCACCAUCCGGACCGUCAUGGUGGCAGACUGCCGGCGCCACGACUCCCCCGACCUCCUGCUGGACUACGAGGCGCAGGCCGCCGCCCCCGCGCCCCCCCGCCGCGGCCCGCUGGUCUUCGACCUGGGCUCCGACAGCGAGGAGGAGGAGGAGGAGAAGAGGGAGAGGGCGGUGGCGGAGCCGCUCUGCACUCGGCCCCCCGAGCAGGACCCCUCCUUCGAGGGCAGGGGCAGCCCGGUGAUCAGUGAGAGGCAGCUGGAGGCCAGGGUGGCCCGGUUUCUGGGGAAGACGCGCACACGCCCUGCGGACCUGGCAGCGGCUGACGGCAUCGCGCAAACUGACCACAAUAUCUACCUGCUCUUCACCACGGGCAGCCUGACCUACAGCCCGCACCAGAUAGGGAUCAAGCGGAUCAUGCCAGAUCAGAUGGCAACGAGUGGGCCGGUCCUUGGGGAGGAGCGCAGCUCGGAUGAGUUCUUCGAUUCCCUGGAUCACUUGAUUGAUAUCCAUGGGCACAUCAUUGGCAUGGGCCUGUCGCCUGACCACAGGUACCUGUAUGUGAACAGCCGUGCGUGGCCGGCGGGCUAUGUGAUCUCUGACCCCAUGUCUCCACCCCCCAUCGCGGAGGAGAUUGACCUGCAUGUCAUUGACCUGAAGACGCUGCGCGAGGAGAGGCGGAUCCUGCGGGCUCACCGGGCCUUCACGCCAAACGACGAGUGCUUCUUCAUCUUCCUGGAUGUCAGCCGCGACUUCGUGGCCAGUGGCGCGGAGGACAAGCACGGCUACAUCUGGGACCGGCACUACAACAUCUGCCUGGCGCGGCUGCAGCACGACGACGUGGUGAACUCGGUGGCCUUCUGCCCGGCCGACCAGGAGCUGCUGCUGUCCGCCAGCGACGACGGCACCGUCAAGGUGUGGCGCUCGCCACGCGCCACCCGGCUGGCGGCCGAGCAGCGCCGCCAGGCCCGCCCGCGCCGAACGCUGUUCUCCUGGCUCGGCGGCAGACCCCGCUAGAGCCGGGCCGGAGCCCGGCGGACUGGAGCAGCAGGAGGCAGCGGGCGAGGGGUGGGCACGGACGGGUCUGCCCUCUCCUCCUUCUCCUCUCCGCUUGUUUUCAAACUGAAAAGGGGGAUUUGUUGCUCUUUUCCUGGAGCUGCCGCAGUUGUGCCAGUAGAUCCCGCAGUUCUCCUCUCCGGUCUCCCUGCUGUUCGGCUGGAUGGACUCGUGCAGAGGGAGGGGGGCUGUGAUGUGUCAGGAUGCAGGAUGGGAUCAGGCUUCAGGGGCCAAGCGAGAGCAAUGCCACGGGGAUGGGGGAGGACUGCCGAGUCUCUGGAACAGCUUCUUUACUGUUGGGCUGAAUCUGUCCAGUGUCCAGGAGGCGUCACGCCGUAUGGCUUCACCAGGUCCAUGAAUUUACACAGCUGGGGCUGAAGCCAGUCUGUGCGUGUGUGUUCAUGUUGAGACGGGUCUGUGUGCCUUCCGUGUCGUACCUGCUGUUGCUUCUGCUCUUUAAUAAUACUACUACUAAUAAUGGUAAUAACUUCUGAUCUGUCUCGCUGACAGCAGGAGGCGCUGGUGAGCUGCCUGUCCCGGCAGCAGGGCUGUCAGGUCCUCAGCCUCUUGUCGAGUCAGGUGGUUUCAGUUGUGCAGUAGAACAAGCCGUGGGGUGUAAAAAGACUCCAGAGCCACUGUAGCUCGAAUCAGGUUUGUUUUUGGAAUCACCGGUUUAAAAAAACACCUUCAGAACCGUUUGCCUGUGUCCAGCUGAGCGAAUAAUUCGGCAGGUCCGCAGGAGCGGGAAGCCAGAGUGUUGUGCUGCAGCGGUACUGAUGACGGCUCGGUGUUGGUAUAGGGAAGAGAGCCCCAGGCCUUGGAGGUUUGUACAGAGCGCAGCUCUGAGGAGAGCACAGUGCCUUGGAGGUUUGUACAGAGCGCAGCUCUGAGGAGAGCACAGUGCUCCUGGUGUGACUUUCACACCAAACCAAAAAUAUUUUACUUCCAGUUUCGAUCAGUAGGCACUGAGUGAUCCGAUCAGCGGACUGACUGGCUGGUCGAGCCCCAUUGACCUCCUAACUGACAAAGAGCAACUCGAGAAGGGCCGGCAGGACCCUGGUCACUCUGACAGCCCUGGACUGGAUUCUCCUGCAGUGAGGAGGCAGGACUUCACUCUGCCUGGUUACUGUUGGUUUUAAACGGCCAGCUCUUGUGAGCCAGGGUGCGCUGUAACUCUCACCACUGACCCACACUGGUCACUUGCCUUGCUGUGUGGAGCUUUAGCCAGCCUGGAGUUUUUAAAUAAAGUCAUGAUAAAUCUGCAA